UGAUGCUGAAGUAAGCUGUUUUAGCCUUUUAGUUCUUCGCCAAUGCAGGAAACUGGGUUAUAACAAGACCACGUUAUUUAGAAAAUUCACGACUUUAAGUAUAUUACUGUUAAUUGCUAAAUACGAAUUUUAAUGUCAGUGGCAAAUGCAAAACAGACAAUUCUCAAUCCGGCAAUGCCCUUCACUGAGAUUAUAGCGGGUGGUCUUCACCCAGGGGAGAUGAUUGUUAUACAGGGAUGUGUUCAUAAUAAUGCGGACAGUAAAUACUAUUUGCCACUUAAGGAACCGUCUGAAUUUUCCACCCACAGUCCAAAAACGUUUCAGUUCGAUUUGACAUGUGGAUGCAGCACAAAGCCACAGGCAGACAUCGCCUUUCACUUCAAUCCCCGCUUCAGCAGCUCCCCACAGAUUGUGUGCAACUCAUUACAACAUGAAAACUGGGGAAAAGAAGAAAAUAUUGACCUUAUGCCUUUUAAACAAGGAGCAUCUUUUGAGACCAUAAUCUUGGUUCUUUGUGACGUUUUCAAAGUAGCAGUUAAUGGGGUUCACAUUUUGGAAUUCAAACACAGAAUUCCUCUUGACAUGGUCAACACAUUUUCAGUCUCUGGAAAAGUAGAACUGCGUGCCAUUGGCUUUAUCCCUGACUCAGUAAGUGACAUACACUUCUAGUUAUGUACUGUUAUUAUAAUAGUUAUCACCUGUGAACCUGCAUGAAUCAAGAAUGUAAAGACAUGAUAUACAGUAUACUUAAAUACACACAAAAUUGCUGGUACCCAUCCAGUCAAGAAAGAAAUGUAGCACUUUAUUUUUGCAGUCAUGUACUUCCCUGGUACGCACAUGGUAUAUAUCCCUUACCUACAGGCAAAUGAGUGGUAACACAAGGUACUUAUCUGAAGUAUGUACAUGGUAACAAAUAUGAAAUACAGCUAUACUUAAUAGUCAUACAUUCAUAAUCAUUAGUUUGUCUAGGCAUAGUCUAAAGACUCAAAUAUUUCUCCUGUCAGCUUGGGGGAGGUUUGAUUGGGGAAUGAGAAAAGACACAGGUGCUGGGAGAAGAUGAAUGGUCUGAACAUUUGGCUUGGUAUAUGUGAAGGGUCCUGGAAAAAGGUGAGCUGGUGAGGCCCGGUAGUUUUUAGGGACUGGAUGAUCACUCUGAACCUCUUCUACUUGGAGAAUUACAUGAUUAACCAAAUCGACCUGAGGAAAACUGGAUGUGGGAAGGUCGCUGCAGAUCAUCACCUAGUCCCAGCCGAAAACAGACACAGAAAGCACAUAGGAGAUAGGCAAGACACAGGACUUAGAUAAUCAGUACUUUACGAGGAGUAUGUUAGCUUGGAGACAACCAAUCAGAGUCUUUAGUUAAGGAGAAAAAUCUGAACACACUGUGUAAUGUUGUUGAAAACUUUUCCAAACCUUUAAAUAAGACAAAUGUGAAAGAUCCAGAUUUCCCUCCAAUGUUUCAAGAAGUCAAUUCAAGUCUGCUUUAUUGCCAAUUCUUCCACACGUAUAGCACAUACAUACAGAGUAUUGAAAUUGCAUUACUCUUGGAGGCUAGGUGAACAAAAUAAAAUA